AUGUUUGACAUAUCUGACCACUUCUUCGACACAUUGCACAGUUUGGAGGUUCUACUCUUGGACAAUGUCAGACCAGACACCUUCUUCCACACACACUCCCUGCAGCGACUUCUGCGUAACCUCACCAACUUGAGAUACCUAGACAUCUCCAGAAAUAGACUCAACUCCCUGCUGUCUCCCCUGGACACGUUUUCCUCCACACCAAACAUCACCCACAUCAUCCUCUCACAGAACAGGUUCUCCAGCAUCCCCUUUGACCUAGAGACCACCCACAACCUCCGUGUCAUGGAUCUCUCCAACAACGCCAUUUUGUUCCUGAGUGAUGACGAGAUGGCGAAAUUGAACCGUCACGUGGCCAGGGUUGAGACCUUCACCUUGAGGUUGUUUGGCAACGGUAUCGCCUGCGUCUGCUCCCAGUCCACAUUUGUUGGUGAGUUUUCAACAGAAAGGUAA